AUGAGCAACAUAAACCCCCUUGUGCUGGAAAAGAUACCUCAGGCCGAUACUUGUCUCUCAGCUCUUGAACUCGCUAGGGAUGCUUUGCCUAUCCCUAUCUUGAAUCAUUCUCUUCGAGUCUAUCUUCUAGCUCGGUAUAUCGCCGAGAAAGAAGCCUCUCCCUUCAAGUCUGAAGAUCAGAGUCCACUUCUCUUUGUAGCAGCUAUUCAUCAUGAUAUUGGAGCGAGCCACCUCUGCAAUGGCGAGCAACGCUUUGAGAUCUGCUCUGCCGACUGCGCAAAGGCGCAUCUCGCCAAAAGCGGCUAUUCUGAAGCUGCGUCACAUCAACUCUGGACUGCCAUCGCAGUACAUACGUCACCAGGCAUAGCAGAGCGAAUAGACCCCUUGUCCCGUCUCAUACGCCUCGGCGUGCUGUCUGACUUUGGAUCGAAAGAUUACAGGACAAGUCUAGGUGUUGACGAAUACUACACCGAGAUCGAAAAGCUUCUGCCGAGAUUAGAUGCAGAGAAAUGUCUAGGUGACGCAGUUGUCAGUCAAGCCAAGGAGAUACCACAUGUGGAUAGUCUCACUUGGCCAAAUGACGCCAAGUUCCCUGCUGCGAGCUGGCCUGGGAUACUCCUACGGGCACAUGCCGAGAACCCAGGGCAUGACGGCGUCAAUCCAGCUUUCUGA